UGGAUUUGAUGUAGUAUUUCUUACACACAGAACCUUUCGUCAUAGAACUCUCAGGAACAUUUCACACUCCUUUGACGUUGUAUCUUUUUGUCCAGUUUCAAAGUAACAGUUUUGUAAAUUAGUUUCUGUUUAACGUCAAAAAAAGAAGUUUGAAAGUGAAAACAAGACAAAUCUCUUGUUGUUGUUUCGCUUGUUAAACGAUAAUUCUGAUGAAUUCCCAGGCAACAAAAUGUCACUUUUCAUCUGUAUUAAAUGUUUAUAAGUAUUAGAGAAUCUUAUUCCACUUUGCAGGUGGAGUUAAACAGGAAGUACCGAAUGCACUCGGCCCAGCAGAAAGUGGCGGGCUCCAUCUACAUCAACUCGCGCUGUGUCUUCCUCAGAAAGGAGCUGAGGGAGGGCCGCUACGUCAUCGUCCCCACAACCUUUGACCCGGCGCAGCAGGGCGACUUCCUGCUGCGCGUCUUUACUGAUGUGCCUUCAGACUGCAAAGAGCUGACUCUGGAUGAGCCUCCUCAGACGUGUUGGACAGGCAUGUGUGGCUACCCUCAGCUGGUCACUCAGGUCCACGUGCUGAACGCUGAGGGUCUGCAGGGGCCGGAAUCCAACGGAGGUAAAAACAACAGCUGCCGUCCGUGAACUCCAGCUGCAUGUUGAUGAUCGGGUCGGAAACUCAGGCAAAACAGUCACACAUCAGUUUCACUCACUCAAUACCAAUAAGUGAAGAUUCCUCAGCUGGUGCCAUCUGGGGCCACAGUGCCAUCUGCUGGCAGUCCGUUCAUUUUUCCAACAGUCAGACAGAUGUUGCUUACGUUACAUUACA